CUUAUCCAAAUCCAUGGCGUAUUGGUGUAGCUCUAUGUUGCUUUCAAACUAGAAGAGAGUGAACAGAGUGCGGUGAGCGCCGGCAAUGGCUCUGGUUCGUCUUCCUUGUUCUUCAUCUUCCUCAUUCCUCCGCUCUAAACAACAGCACUUGAUUUUUCUCGCGCCUCUCUCAUGUCCGCAAAAUCCAUCUUAUCCCAUCAAUGGCGACUUCAAUCUCUCUAUUUCCCGCUCUUCUCCCUCUCUUCUUUCAACUUCCAUCGGCCACAAUCCUUUAAUUUCAAUUAGGGGUAAGAGAACCAGCAAGUUUGUUUUCCAGUUCGCCUCAACCUCCCAAGACGAAGCAGUUGCGAGCUCGCCUUCUGAUUCUGAAGAAUUUUCUCAAACUAGAUUGCUUGCUCAGAAUGUGCCUUGGAGUUCUACUCCUGAGGACAUUCGUUCUCUGUUUGAGAAAUAUGGUACUGUCCUGGAUGUUGAGCUUUCGAUGUAUAACAAGAUCAGAAACAGGGGCUUGGCGUUUGUCACUAUGGGAUCACCGGAGGAGGCCCUUGCUGCGCUUAACAAUCUCGAAUCGUAUGAAUUUGAGGGUCGUACUCUGAGGCUCAAUUAUGCUAAGCUUAAAAAGGAGAAACCCUCCCCUCCCGUGAAACCAAAACCCGUUACUUUUAAUUUGUUUGUGGCAAAUUUGCCAUUUGAAGCAAGAGCAAAAGACCUCAGGGAGUUCUUUGAUUCAGGGAGUGGUAAUGUAGUUUCUGCACAAAUUAUUUUUCAUGAGAAUCCGAGAAGGUCUUCUGGAUAUGGUUUUGUUGCCUUCAAAACCAAGAAAGAUGCUGAAGCAGCUAUUUCCGAGUUUCAAGGGAAGAUUUUCAUGGGGAGAUCGCUUCGUGUUGCACGUAGUAAGCAGUUUGUGAAACUUCCCUCAGAAGAGAAAUCCCAGUCUGAAGAUGCAUCUACUGAUGAUGUGGAGCUAGCCAAUGCCGCUGCUGAAGUUUGAAAUACGGAAGCCUCUCAAUGGAAGAACUAAGGAGUUUGCCAUCAGCCUUUCUUUCUUCUUCUUCUUUUCUUUUUUUGGAGGUAAUGCUAUCUAGUUAUUCCAUUAAGGAUUAUGCCACUUUUCUUUUUCUUUUACCUAUAAAUCUCCAACCUCUAAUGUUUAAAGGAUUCAAAGUUGGAUACCCCAACAGAAAGCGCACAUCACUGGAAAAAAAUCCGUAUGAACUAACGAGUGUAUAUUAGAUCAUUUUUGUAUCCUUUUCUCUAUUGAUUUGCAUCUAAUUCCCUUGAGUGAUUUAAGAUAUUUA